UCAGCGGCAAGUGAGGAGCAGUCGAGCCAAAGCAAGCUUUCCAGGGGAGCUCUAGCGGUGUUGCAAGGAUGUCGGGGGCGCAGGGAGCUCAGCCGAUGGGGGAGACGACGCCGACGACGUACGAGUCGGUGGGCGGCGGGGAGAACCGCACGCACACGGACCUGCGCUCGCGCGAGGACCAGGGCGCCAUCCAGAUCGAGAAGGUGCAGGACAAGGUCGACGAGCCCGCCGCACGUAGGGUGGACGAUGCCGCCUUCGACGCCAAGAAGGUCGGGCACGGCGCCGCCGCGGACGCCGGGGCCGCCGGGACCGGCGCGUGACCGACCUCGUGUACGUGACAGCCCAUGCGGUGGAGUGGUGCCGCUACCCUUUGUUGC